AUGUCUUCUUUCAUUCGGAUGUAUUGUAUUAGGCUGCCGCCAUCUUAGUGAAUUGGAAGGAUUAGUUUAGUCUAAAAAAGUUAUUCGAAGUUUAUCGUUUAUAGGUGUUGAUGUUUCGAUCGUAAGCGAACAAAAUGCCGUUAUACUUUCAACGACCGGAAAAUGCUCUUAAAAGAGCAAGCGAAUUUAUUGAUGUCGGGAAGAAGCAGAGAGCUCUGGAUGCUCUAUAUGAUGUUAUCAAAAGUAGAAAACAUCGAACUUGGCAAAAAAUCCAUGAGCCUAUUAUGAUGAAAUAUCUCCAGCUAUGUGUUGAUUUAAAGAAGAGCCAUAUUGCUAAAGAAGGUUUAUUUCAGUACAGAAAUAUUUGUCAACAGGUAAAUAUAAAAUCUCUAGAAGAUGUAGUUAGAAGUUAUCUUCAGUUAGCUGAAGAGAAAACUGAAGCUGCUAGAGAAGAAUCUCAGCAGGCUGUAGUAGAUAUUGAUGAUUUAGAUAAUGUGCAAACUCCAGAAAGUUUAUUACUGAGUGCAGUUAGUAGUGAAGAUACUCAAGAUCGUACAGAUCGAGUAGUGUUAACUCCGUGGGUAAAAUUCUUAUGGGAGUCAUAUAGACAAUGUCUAGAAUUAUUGAGAAAUAAUUCUAGGGUGGAACGUCUCUAUCAUGAUAUUGCUCAACAAGCCUUCAAGUUUUGUUUGAGAUACAGUCGAAAAACAGAAUUCCGCAAAUUAUGUGAUAAUCUUCGAGCUCAUCUUGGUCACAUCCAUAAGCACCAGAAUCAACAAACUGCUGUUAAUUUAAAUAAUCCUGAGAGUCAAGCAAUGCACCUUGAAACAAGACUUGUUCAGUUAGAGAGUGCUAUACAAAUGGAAUUGUGGCAGGAAGCUUAUAAAGCCAUUGAAGAUAUUCAUGGAUUAAUGAAUUUAUCAAAAAAACAACCGAAAGCUCAGCUUAUGGCAAAUUAUUAUCAAAAAUUAUCUCUUGUUUUUUGGAAAGCUGGUAAUUUAUUGUUUCAUGCAUCAGCUCUAUUUAGAUUAUUUCAUCUUUCUAGAGAAUUAAAAAGGAACAUAACCCAAGAUGAAAUUCAAAGAAUGGCCUCUCGUGUUGUUUUAGCAACACUUGCUGUUCCAAUGCCUCCCAAUAGGCCUGAAAUUGACAGACUGGUAGAAACUGAUGAAAACGUUAUAGAUAAAAAUCAUCGUUUAUUAGCCAUGCUUUUAGGAUUAUCAAAUCCACCAACAAGAUCAUCUUUAGUUAAAGAUUUGAUACGUUUUGGAGUCAUUCAAGCAGCACCGAGCCAACUACAAGAAUUGUAUCGUCUCUUAGAGACAGAUUUUCAUCCUCUUAAGUUGUGUCCACGUGUUUCUCAGUGUUUUGAUUUUAUUAACAAAUGGGAAGACUAUCCUGAUCUUCGACAAUAUAUUUCAGCAUUACAAGAUAUUACAAUAAUGAGACUUUUAAAAGAAGUUUCUCAAGUUUAUCAAUCUAUUGAAUUUAGUAGAUUGUUAGAAUUAACACCUUUUGCUACUCCAUUUUAUUUAGAAAAUAUGGUUGUUGAAGCAGCUCGUAGAAAUGAUUUACAGGUAAGAAUUGAUCAUAGGCAGCGUUGUCUACAUUUUGGAUCUGAGUUGAGUGUAUCACAGAGAGAAGAAAUAGUUGAAGGUCCUCACUUACAAAGUAUGCCAAGUGAACAAAUCCGCAGUCAAUUGGUUACUUUAUAUUCUGUGUUGCAUAAGUGUGUUGAGCUCAUUCAACCAGAAAAAAUAAAAUUAGCUAGAGAAGAACUGAGAGAACAAAUUGUAACUGCAUAUAAUCUCACUUCUAAAAAAGAACAUCAGCGCAUACUUGAAAGAAGACAAAUUAUUGAAGAAAGAAAGGAAAUGAUAGAAAAUCUCAGCUAUCAAAAAGAAGAAGAAGAAAGACGACAGUUAGAAGAAAGACAGCAAAAAUUAAGAGAAGCUGAAAAGGAAAGAAUGGCCAGAGAAACAGAAGAAAGAGCAAAACAGCGUAUUCUUCGAGAACAGAAUGAAUUAAAGAAAAAAGUAGUAAUGGAGAAAAUUGAACAGCUUAAAAAAACAGAACUAGGAGCACGAAUAUUUGAAGGAUUAGAAGAAGAAGAAUUACAAAAACUAGAUCCUGAAGAAAUUUUAAGUCGUCAAGUAGAACAGUUGGAUAGAGAGAGGAAAGAAUUGCAAGCUAAAUUAAGAAAACAGGAAAGAAAGGUUGAUCACUUGGAAAGAGCAAAAAGAUUAGAAGAAAUUCCAUUGUUGCAAAAAGCUUAUGAAGAAUUUAGGAUUGAAGAUCAAAAGUUUUGGGAACAACAGGAAAAAGAAAGAAUAAGUAAAUUAAAAGAAGAAAGACAGUCUGCUCUGGAACAUCGAGAUCGUUUAUUAAGAAUGAGGGAAGAUAAAAAUAAAUUCGUGGAACGAUUGAAAGCAGGAAGAAGUUCUGUUUAUAAAGAAAAAUUAAUGGAAUUUGAAAAAAUGUUAAGUGAGGAAAGAAAUAAACGUUUAGAACAGCGAAAAGCAGAACGAAGAGAAGAACAAAGAAAGCAUUGGUUGCUUAUGAAGAAAAAGGAAGCUGAAGAAAGAAAACAACAAGAGGAAAAGAGAGAAUACGAAGCAAGAAUGGCAAAAUUAGAAGAAAUAGAAGCUAAGAAACGAGCAAGAGAGAAAGAAUUGGAAGAAAAAAUGAAACAGCAGAAGGAGGAGGCAUUGAAGAAAGAGAGAGAAGAAAAGGAAACUACAGAAGAGAAACGUUCAGAACCAUGGAAACCAUCUGGAAGCUGGAGAGAGAGAGAAUUGGCAAAGAGAGAUAGUUGGCGUCCAAGAGAUUCAGAUAAGGAUGUUCGAGGAAAGGAUGAUGAGAAUACAUGGAGAAAAAAAGAUGAAGAUAUUCCUAAAAGAGUAGAAGAGCCUGUACGUUCCUAUCCUGAUGAUGAUUGGAGGAAACAACCUCGUAAAGAGAGAGAUGAGAGAGAAGAUUCUUGGAGACGAGAUGAUGGAGACCGCCGCUAUCCUCAAGUCCGUCGAGCACCUUAUCCUGAACAUGAAGAUUGGCGAAAACCACAAGAAGAACGUUCAGAAUAUGGACGUGGAUUUGAUCGAGAUAUUGAUAGAGAUGAUAAAAGUUGGAGAGAUCGCAGGGAUAAUAAAGAUUUUGAUCGCCGUGAUAGAGAAUUUAACAGGGAUGAAAGAAGAGAUUUUGAUCGAAGAGAUAGAGAUUUUGAUAGAAAUAGGGAUGACAGACGUGAUAGGGAUUAUAAUAGACGACCAGGAGACUUUGAUAGACGAGAUGAACGUAGAGAUAGAGAUUUUGAUCGUCGUGAUAGAGAAUUUGAUAGAAACAAAGAAAGAGAUUUUGAUCGUCGAGACAGAGACUUUGAUAGAAAUAGAGAUAGGGAGCGUACUAACAGAGAUAGAGGAGGUUAUAGUGAUCGUAUUCCACCCCGUGGUCCUCGUGAUAGAGAAGAUAGGCGUAUGGGCAGUGAUGAUCGUAACAAACCUAGUGAAGAUGGAAAUUGGAGAAGCUCGAUGAAGAAAGAAGGAAGUAGCAGCAAUGUAUGGAGAGACAAUAAAGAUAAGAGAUCAGACAGAUUACGUAAUAAAGAAGAACCAGAUGAAGAAGGAUGGAAGCGUGUCUGUCGUUAAUAAAUUAAAUUGAUUACUUCAAUGACGCCUUAAAAGUCUGCAUAGAAAUAUGCAAAAUGAUAAUGGCUUCCGUUUGAUUUGGGAUUUGCUUUGAUAAUCAACUAUAUAAAAUCAGCAUUUAAAAUUUUCAAAUCAACUUAUUCUAGUUUUAUAUGGUUAUUGCUAAAUUAUUAACAUUGAUUUUUUUUUAUAGUAUUACUAUACUGGUCUUACUAAUUAUGGAAAUAGUAGGAGAAUAAAGCAAAAUCUGAUUAUCAUAAUUAUUUUAUUGAUAAUAUGAAUGAUCUUUAAAUUUUGCAAAUUUUAAUAAGAAUUUAAUGUUUCAUUUAAAAAACAUGCAUAUUUUAUGAUGCAUUUCUGUAACAAAGUAUGUAUAAUUUUUUUCUGUUUUUUUUUUUGGAUUGUUGUAUAUUUGAGCUAAUUGGUAAUUUUUCUCGGUACAGUAAUUUAAUAAAUCAUCUCUCGUAAACUCUUCUUUUGGAAA